CUUUUUUAUCUCGUGCGAAAAUCCCAUCCAUUUGACCUUCUGCUUAUUUAUACUCCUACUCCCGCGACGUAUCAGAUACUCAAUCACCCCGCAAUCUCUUGCUCCGUGCCCUAGCAGAUUCUACCCCUUUUUUUUACUAACAAUUUUAACUCGUGAAUUCAACGCCAUAACUAAUCGAAACUGCUUCCUCAAUUUCGAAUUCACUAACUUAUUGGAGAAAAUCGAAAGAAAAAGAGGGAAUAGGAGGCUUCGCCAGCGGUGGUGCUGCAGCCACCACGCCGCCGGUGAACAAAGCGGCGACACCUCUGCUGCUAUUUAAUUGAGCCAUAAUUUGGCAGAACAUAGGCCUUGCGUUUGAUGAUCCACGGCUGCCAUUGAAAAUUUUAUAUCGAUGUUGAAAACUUGAAAUGGCGAAGGCUAAAAAGGCAAAGAAUGAAGAGCAGAGAGAUGGAGAUAAUAGUAAUUCAGAGGCAGUUGUCAAGCAUCAGAAACUCUGUCUGUCCAUUGACAUGGACCGCCGCCGAAUCUAUGGGUACACAGAACUGCAAAUAGCUAUACCGGACAAUGGAAUAGUGGGUUUGCAUGCAGAUAAUUUGGAAAUUGAAAAUGUUACGGUUGAAGGAGAGCCAGCAAUGUUUGAAGUCUUCCCUCACUAUCAGCAUCUGGACCCCAAGGAUAGAUGGUCCGUGGUUUCAUCAGCUACUUCAGCUGCUGAUGCCUCCGGGUCUGUUUACUUGUCAUCUCUUGAGAUCGAAUUACUUCCAAAUUUACUGAUAAUGUGUAGCAAGACCACUAAAAUGGACGACAAUCAAGAAGAAUAUAUGCAGGUGGACAAUGGUGAACCUGCCUUGGCUGAUGCUAACAGGCCAGUGCAGAAUGUGAAACUUGUGCGCAUUGAAUAUUGGGUUGAAAAAGCAGAGACGGGGGUUCAUUUUAAUGGCAAUGUCUUGCAUACAGACAACCAGUUGAGGCGUGCACGGUGCUGGUUUCCUUGUUUGGACGACAGUGUGCAGUGUUGCUGUUAUGACCUUGAAUUUACGGUGGCCAGUGAUCUUGUCGCAGUUAGUUCCGGAACCUUACUUCAUCAGGUUUUGACCAAGGAUGAUCCACCACAGAAGACAUAUGUUUAUAAACUAGAUGUUCCUGUAGCUGCUCAAUGGAUAUCUCUGGCAGUUGCACCAUUUGAAAUUCUUCCUGAUCGACAUCGUGGUUUGCUCUCAUACUUUUGUCUACCUUCUAACUUGUCAAAGCUGCGGAAUACAGUGGUAUUUUUCUACAAUGCUUUCAGCCACUAUGAGGAUUACCUCUCUGCAUCAUUUCCAUUUGGAUCAUACACACAAGUGUUCAUUGCUCCUGAGAUGACGGUAUCCUCAUGGAGUUCAGGAGCUUCUACGAGUAUCUUCAGCUCUCAUCUUCUGUUUGAUGAGAAGCUCAUUGAUCAGACUAUAGAGACGAGGAUUAAACUUGCUUAUGCUCUUGCCAGACAGUGGUUCGGAGUAUAUAUCACCCCUGAAGCACCAAAUGAUGAGUGGUUGGUGGAGGGUCUUGCUGGGUUUCUUACUGAUUCUUUUAUUAAGAGGUUUCUGGGAAACAAUGAAGCGCGCUAUAGAAGAUACAAGGCCAAUUGUGCUGUAUGCCAAGCAGAUGAUAGUGGUGCUACUACCUUGAGCUCCAGUGCUGCUUCUAAGGAUUUGUAUGGCACCCAGUGCAUUGGUUUUUAUGGAAAAAUAAGAUCAUGGAAAUCUGUAGCUGUCCUUCAAAUGUUGGAGAAGCAGAUGGGUCCGGAGUCCUUUCGUAAAAUUCUACAGAAUAUUGUUUUGAGGGCUCGAGAUGGUAAUCGUUCUUUGAGAACACUGAGCACCAAAGAGUUCCGUCACUUUGCUAAUAAAAUCGGAAAUCUUGAGCGGCCAUUUCUUAAAGAGUUCUUUCCUCGCUGGGUUGGAUCUUGUGGUUGUCCAGUGCUGAAGAUGGGAUUUUCCUAUAACAAAAGAAAGAAUAUGAUUGAAUUAGCUGUUCUGCGGGGAUGCACUUCUAGACCUGAUUCUUGGGUAGGCAUUGAUAAUAUCAAUCCUGAUUCUGAAAAUCGAGAUGGUGUAGUUGGGUGGCCCGGGAUGAUGAGUAUAAGGGUGCACGAGCUCGAUGGCAUGUAUGACCACCCUUUUCUGCCCAUGGCUGGUGAACCCUGGCAGUUACUGGAGAUUCAGUGUCAUUCUAAACUUGCUUCAAAGCGCUUCCAGAAAACCAAGAAGGGCACCAAGGCUGAUGGUUCUGAUGACAAUGGUGAUGCUGUGCCCACAACUGAUGUGCGGCCCAAUUCUGAGUCUCCCCUAUUGUGGCUCCGCGCUGAUCCAGAAAUGGAAUAUCUUGCUGAAGUACAUUUUAAUCAACCUGUGCAAAUGUGGAUAAAUCAGUUGGAGAGGGAUAAGGACGUUGUUGCUCAGGCACAAGCUAUUGAAGUAUUGGAAGCAUUGCCACAACUUUCCUUUUCCGUUGUUAAUGCUCUAAAUAAUUUUCUCAUUGACUCCAAGGCUUUCUGGAGAGUUCGCAUACAGGCUGCAUAUGCAUUGGCUGCUACCACAAGUGAGGACACUGACUGGGCUGGCUUGCUUCAUCUGAUAAACUUUUAUAAAAGUCGAAGAUUUGAUCCAAAGAUCAAUCUUCCCAGGCCAAAUGACUUCCAUGAUUUCCAGGAGUACUUUGUACUUGAGGCAAUACCACAUGCAAUAGCUAUGGUCAGAUCUUCAGACAAGAAGAGCCCUAGAGAAGCUGUUGAGUUUAUUCUGCAACUUCUGAAGUACAAUGAUAACAGUGGGAACACAUACUCGGAUGUUUUCUUGGUAGCUGCAUUGGUCCAAUCUGUUGGCGAACUUGAAUUUGGACAGCAGAGUGUCAUCUAUUUACCCUCCUUGCUGAAGCGUCUUGAUCGUCUUUUGCAAUUCGACAGGUUGAUGCCAAGUCACAAUGGGAUUUUGACAAUCUGUUGUAUCCAGUCACUUACUCAAAUGGCACUCAAACUAUCAGAAUUCAUUCCUCUUGAUCAUGUUGUUGAACUUAUUAGACCAUAUCGGGUAUCAAAGACGUGGCAAAUUCGAAUUGCUGCAAGCAGAGGCCUAGUUGAACUUGAAGUUCAGUGUAAAGGAAUAGAUGCAGCACUGAAACUGUUCAUCGAGUACCUUAAUGAUGAGACAUCUCUACGAGGACAAACCAAAUUAGGUCUCUGUGCUUUGCGCAUAUCACAGAUGAUUAAUCAAUCCAAUGGUGACAAUGGCAUAAAGAGUGACACACUUGACUUCAAGGUUAAGCGUGCUUGA